AUCUCUGUCUGUCAAAUAAAUAAAUAAAAUCUUUAAAAAAAAAAAAAAAGGAGCUAAGAGGUUUGUUACCACUCUGAAAUACAGCUUAGGAAGGUCUAAGAUUAGAAUAAACCAUCAGAUAAGAGACUUGUGUUACUGUGUUUGUCCAGGUAUCAGAUACCUGAUCAAGGACAUUGUGGAUAUAAAGAGGGGGAUGAAUGCAAGAAAUAUUUGUGGGGAAUAAUCAGUGGAACUUUGCUGUUGAUUGUGUGUAGCAAGGAAAACAAUUGAAGACCCUGAAAUUGCCAGCUUCAGAAUCAUGCUGCUAUUAAUAAUUGACAUAGAGGUACAUUUUUGGGUGGGAGGUAGUGAGAUAAGUUUUGGACAGGGUAACUUUGGGUCCCUAGCAUGGCAUUGUCAGGCUAUUAGUUUUACUUGUCCCUCCACACCUAGCCCUUGCCUCCCCCUCACUCACUGUAUUCCAUUACUAUUGGUCUAAGAAUUUCCUUUUAGGAGAAUUAAUUUCUUUUUGGUUAUGAUCAACAGUAGAAAUUGUAAUAUGUGAAAAGCAAUUCCUUGUUUCCUACCCACAUUCCCAUUAUCCUCAUCUUUUUACCCUUCCCUCCAACAAGAAAGAUUACUUAGAAAAAAAAAAAAGAAAGAAAGACAGAUUACUUAGAAUGGUAUUUACCACCAUCACUCUUACCACCUCAUGCCACACCCACCCAACCUCUGAGAUAUGGUACGUAAGUUUUUUGUAUUUUUUGAAAUAAGUGAGUCAACUGGAUAGAGAUCUUUGAAGAAAAAACUUUAUGAAGUGUUUGUGAUUAAAACAUCAGUCAAUGAAUAGAGUAACCCCUCAUUCAUCUGGUUUCAUUAGGUAAUAAAUAAUGCUGCAUAAGAUAAUUGAAACUUAUCCCAAAAUGGUUUUUUUAAUAGAUUUUAUGUAUAGAGGUUUUUAUAUGAUGUUUAAUAAUAACACUAUGUAGGUUUUACUUAAUGUGUAUAUGUGUAUAUAUACCUUUAAUAGCUCCAAAUAGUUUUUUUAUAAUGUUUUAUAUGAUUUACUACCUUCUAGUAAGUAGUAGUAAGUAGUAGUAAGUAGUCGGGAACAUUCCCCUUGCUCCACACUUAACCGGUCCUGAAGGAUAGAAAUAGCUUUUUGUUUCAGAGCUUCGGAAUGAGCGUCAGGAGCCCUAGGUUCUAGUCCAAGGUCUAACAGUAAAUUCCUAUGUGAGAUACUUUGGUUUUUUUUAAUCAUUGAAUCUGUGGAAUCUAGUAUAGUGCCUGGCAUGUAGUAGGUGCUUAGCAAAUAUUUUUUGAAACAAAUCAUUGUUUUAUGCCUACUUUACCACUCCUUUCCUGAUUUAUUACUUGGACUUCAUUACUACCUAGUAAAUAAGCUUCUGAAUUUUUAAUAUAAUAGGAAUAUCUAGGUUUUAAUUGAAGUGAACUGUUAAACUUAAUUUAUGCUGCCUUUUAGGUGCUUUGUGGAAUUUUUGGCCUUCUUGAUGUUUUAUUGUUUUUAAAGUUGUCCAAAAAAUGAUCUUCUAAUUUAUUGAGAGUAGUUUGCUUACUGUGAGUACAUUCUGUAUGCCUUUAUUAUAUGUAAGCAGUGUCUUAUUUACAAGGAUGCAGCCCAUGUUCUCAAGGAUUUUAUAACCUAGAUGAAGAGACACAGAAGUGGAACUAGAAGAGAAAAAUUAAAUGUUGGAUCUUGAAGCAUUGACCCACAGGCUCCAGACCCAGUUCCUGGACCUGCCCUGGAAAAGAAGUAUCCAGUAGAGAUGAGCUCACUGCAGUUACUUAAUUAAAAAUUUGUAAGCUACAAAAAUGGCAAUGGGCCAAUCAAGAACAGCUACAAUUUGAAUUUUUCUAUUUCCAGAAAAUGCUUGGACAGAAGAGAUGAGUACUAUUUCCACUAAGGCCUAGAAUUGCCUACUGUACAAAUAGUCCUGAUCAGGCAAUAUACGAAUGGCCCAAGGAAGCCACCAAAUUGAUUUUCAGGUUUUAAAUGACCUGCGACAAAAAUUCCCUGAAGUACCUGAAGUUGUUGUAUCCAGGUGCAUGUUACAGAAUAAUAAUAACCUGGAUGCUUGCUGUGCCGUUCUCUCUCAGGAGAGUACAAGGUAUCUUUAUGGUGAAGGAGACUUGAAUUUCUCGGAUGACUCUGGAAUUUCUGGCCUACGAAAUCACAUGACUUCUCUCAACUUGGACUUACAGUCACAGAAUGUUUACCACCAUGGAAGAGAAGGAACUAGAAUGAAUGGAAGCAGGACUCUAACGCACAGCAUUAGUGAUGGACAACUUCAAGGUGGUCAGUCCAAUAAUGAACUCUUUCAACAGGAGCCACAGACAGCACCAGCUCAAGUUCCUCAAGGCUUUAAUGUUUUUGGAAUGUCUAGUACAUCUGGUGCUUCAAAUUCAGCACCACAUCUUGGAUUUCAGUUAGGCAGCAAAGGAACAUCUAACCUUUCUCAACAAACUCCCAGAUUUAAUCCCAUAAUGGUAACUUUAGCCCCAAAUAUCCAGACUGGUCGUAACACUCCCACAUCUUUGCACAUACAUGGUGUACCUCCACCUGUACUUAACAGUCCACAGGGAAAUUCUAUCUAUAUUAGGCCUUAUAUUACAACUCCUAGUGGUACAACUCGACAGACGCAACAGCAUUCUGGCUGGGUAUCUCAGUUUAAUCCUCUGAACCCUCAACAAGCCUAUCAGCCUUCACAACCUGGUCCCUGGACUACUUACCCUGCAUCGAAUCCUAUGUCACAUACCUCAGCCCAGCAGCCAAACCAGCAAGGCCACCAGACCUCUCAUGUCUACAUGCCUAUCAGCUCACCUACUACUCCACAGCCACCAACAAUUCAUUCAUCUGGUAGCUCCCAGUCUUCUGCCCAUAGCCAAUAUAACAUUCAGAAUAUUUCAACAGGACCUCGAAAAAACCAGAUUGAAAUCAAACUUGAACCCCCACAAAGAAACAGCUCUUCAAAAUUGCGUUCUUCUGGACCUCGAACCUCCAGCAGUUCGUCUUCAGUCAACAGCCAGACCUUAAAUAGAAAUCAGCCCACUGUUUACAUAGCUGCCAGUCCCCCAAAUACUGAUGAGUUGAUGUCCCGUAGUCAACCCAAGGUCUAUAUUUCAGCUAAUGCUGCCCCAGGAGAUGAACAGAUCAUGCGGAAUCAGCCCACUCUCUUCAUAUCCACAAACUCUGGAGCAUCUGCUGCCUCCAGGAAUAUGUCUGGGCAAGUGAGCAUGGGUCCUGCCUUUAUUCAUCACCACCCUCCCAAAAGUCGAGCAAUAGGCAGUAACUCUGCAACUUCUCCUCGAGUCGUGGUCACUCAACCCAAUACAAAAUAUACUUUCAAAAUUACAGUUUCUCCUAAUAAACCCCCUGCAGUUUCACCGGGGGUGGUGUCCCCUACCUUUGAACUUACAAAUCUUCUAAACCAUCCUGAUCAUUAUGUAGAAACAGAGAAUAUGCAGCACCUCACGGACCCUGCAUUAGCACAUGUGGAUAGAAUAAGUGAAGCACGGAAGUUGAGUAUGGGAUCUGAUGAUGCUGCCUACACUCAAGCUCUGUUGGUACACCAGAAGGCCAGAAUGGAACGACUUCAAAGAGAACUUGAGAUUCAAAAGAAAAAGCUGGAUAAACUAAAAUCUGAGGUCAAUGAAAUGGAAAAUAAUCUAACUAGAAGGCGCCUGAAAAGAUCAAAUUCCAUAUCCCAAAUACCUUCACUCGAAGAAAUGCAGCAGUUGAGAAGUUGUAAUAGACAACUCCAGAUUGACAUUGACUGCUUAACCAAAGAAAUUGAUCUUUUUCAAGCCCGAGGACCACAUUUUAAUCCCAGCGCUAUUCAUAACUUUUAUGACAAUAUUGGAUUUGUAGGUCCUGUGCCACCAAAACCCAAAGAUCAAAGGUCCACCAUCAAAACACCAAAGACUCAAGACACAGAAGAUGAUGAGGGGGCUCAGUGGAAUUGUACUGCCUGUACUUUUUUAAACCAUCCAGCCUUAAUCCGCUGUGAACAGUGUGAGAUGCCAAGGCAUUUCUGAGCCAAAAGGCCCUUUAGCUCUAAAACCACAUCAGAAGUUCCAGAAACUAGUCUGUCAUCAGGGGAAAAGUUUCACUGCUACGUAGGAUUUUUGUCAAAUUGAAGGUGUGACGAGAUGGUGUUGUGCUAAUGUUAAAUGUCAACCCACAGAGCUAAUAAUACCUCAGUCUAAUGUCAUGGGCAGUUGAAAUUCAUCACAUGAAAGGGGAUCUGCUGAGAGACUCGGUUGCCCGCUGCCUAACCAUGUACAGUGUUACCAGUAGCCCAUUGAGGAUGAUUCUCAGUAUAUUCAUGCCCAGGUGUGCCCAGUACCUUUCCCCCUCAUGUCACUACUGAAUUUUGACAGGAGGAAGGAAUAGAACGAUGGCUUUUUUUUUUAAAGCUUUCGGUGAAACACUACAAACAUGAAGAAAAGGAACAAGGUUUAACUAUUUAAAAACUGUUUGCUGCCGCACGGUGCCAACGGAUAGGGGAAGAACUUCGUUGAUCUGUGGUACUCUUGGCCUCGUCCUUGUCUUCCCUGAAAACGUCUCCACUCUGUGAAGCCAGCAUCUGGGGUCUAAAGAUGAAAAGGAAAGCAGCAUGCGUUGUCUGUACAAACAUGCAGUGAAAUGUCCCAAAGCUUUUCCUACUGUACAGAUCUCUCGAGUCUGCUUUAAGUGAUUUCUUUUCUUAUUAUUUUCUUAUAUUUCUAUAUGUAUAGCGUAAUAGUCUUUUGUUAACUAAUUUUCUUUUCUCCUGUUAGUGAUUAAGCACGAUCAUGUCCCUUUUUAAGCCUUACCUGAGAGAAGCAGUGCCUUAAAAUAAAAAAGCAUUAAUGAAACUGUGCCCAAAAUAACUCUCCUCCGCUCACUCUGUACUUUGCCCUCCUGAGUGCCCAUGUUCUGUGAAGACGUGCAGACGCUGCACGCUGACCGGCAGGAAGUGCUACGGGCCGUAGGUCUCUCCGUCCCGCUCCGUUGCCGACUUCAGCAGUGGGGGGCGCAGCACACUGACCUUCCACAGGGAAGCUUGAAACAAAAGGCAUUUUUAACCCACUGACAGAGCACCGAGGUUAAGCUUGCUUCGUCUGCCUGGUGUCCCACAGAGCCUCCGCAAGAGAUCACUAUGGGGAAAGUACGGUUCUCAAAAACCAGCAACAGCCGCGGUACCUACCGCCCUGAUGCCGGGAGAAGUUGAAGCGCUUUCCCGUCGGGGCAGUCUGUCUCUAAAACUGACUUGGUGGCAGUAUCAUGUGUAUUUAUGAAAUGAGGCUAGUCAUAUUUAGGACAACUGAAGGAAAGCUGGAAAAAAGAAAAACAAGCAAACUUGAACACUGAAGCAACCUCAAGCAUCUCUUUAUUUUGAUGAUAUAUUUUUAUAAGGAAAAUAAAUAUUCAGAUGAUCGGGAAUGUAUAUAACUAAAUGAAAUCGAGAAAAAGAGAGAACAGUAUGCCUUUUAAAAACAGAAUUAUGAAAUUAUAUGUCAGUGCUUAGAAUGGGGCUAAGGGAAGUGCUGAAACGUAGCAAAAGGGAGGAGAUAAUGUUGACUGUCACCCAUUGUAAAUGUCUGCAAAUGGAUAUUUUUUUCAAUAAGCAGGAUUAUUACAGGUGAUUUAUACAGAGCCUUGACUUCCAGGCUUUGCAUCUUGUAUAUGGGAAGAAAUACGACAAUCCUAGUUAAUUAGACCAUAGACCCAAAGCCCUUACAUUUGAUGCAUUUUGUUUUAAAACUAGGCCUUGUUUUUCAGCUUCAUCUGCAGUUCUAUGUGAAGAUUGAUAAAUCAGUUUUUACUUGUUUUAUUAAUAAAACGUAAUUUGGAUAUCUUGA